GGAGUGGGUUGACAUCAGCAGCCUCCAGAAUCAUGCUUUCCAAGUGGAGAAAGGGAAGCUCAUCCCUGAAGAAACACCUAGAAUUUUGCAUAUUACAGGCCUAACUGGAGAAUACAAUACACUUAUACUGGAAAUUAUUAAGCAGCUUUAUUGCCGGAGGCUUCGGAUUAUCAGACAUCUUUUUAUUAUUAUUAUUAUUGAUGGUAAGCCGCAAGCUCCAGCUCCGCGAGCUGCCCUACAUUUUAUACUCUAUUUUCUCUAUGCGGUUUUUUUUAUGUUUACAACGCGUCGAGGAGAUAUCUUCAGGCGGAUGUUUGCUUCAUCCAUAAAGGCGUAAAAAAAAAAAAAAAAAAAAAACAUUUUACAGACAGAACAUUUCCGGACAGAAAAUACGGGAAUGAGGUAAAGAGCCUCGGCGAAAAGAAAAGGCAGCGCGGCGGACAUUGUGAGCCUGAAAACGGCCGCACACAGAAAGAAGAUGCACAAUUAAUCUAAACAUCGUGUUUUCCAUGACAGUACUCAGGACCAUAUCGGAACAGUAUGUAACACUGUCUUUAUGGUCUUAGCAUCUCGUUGUUUACAGCAAUCAAAACGACGUUAAUAUCAUCCUUGACCCGUCGAAUUGUAAAGAAAUAGGGCGGGCAAUUUGCCCCGACUUUUUGUUCAGGUCUACUUUUUUCAGGAUACCAAAGUAAAAGUUUUGUCGAGAUGGGGAGCGAUGGUGAAAUCCUAAGCCACGACUUGGCAAAGGUGUCUGAUGAGGACUUGCUGGCUUGCUCUAAAGAAGAGCUGGUGAGUCGACUGCGGCGAGAGGAGUCAGAGAAGAUGUCGGCGCUCAUUCAGCGCGGACGCCUAAUCAAGGAGGUGAACAAGCAACUUCAGGGACAUCUGCUUGAAAUCAGGGAGCUCAAAGCCAUCAACCAGCGGCUGCAGGAAGAGAACCAGGAGUUGCGUGACUUGUGCUGCUUCCUAGACGAUGACAGGCUGAAGGUGAAGAAGCUGGCACGAGAAUGGCAGCUAUUUGGCCACCAUGCCGCCAAAGUGAUGCGUGAUGACCUGGGCGGCUACCUGAAGAAGCUCUCUGACCUGGAGCGUCUGCAGGAUGGUUUGGUGAAGGAGAAUCUGGACCUGAAGGAGCUGUGUCUAGUGCUCGAAGAGGAGUGUGUGAGCAGGAGUGAUUCAAGCCCAGGGGGAUCGACUGAGCUCAACCUGCCAUGUAUGGUGGCCCGGGACCUCGGGGAUGGAAGCUCGAGCACUGGAAGUGUAGGCAGCCCUGACCAGCUCCACCUGGUAUGCUCACCUGAUGACUGAGCAAGAGUUCAGAGAAAGAGAGAGGAUAAUAGCCAUCAUCCCUUUAUUCCUCUCAGAGAAUGACAGAGAAGGGCCUGAAUGAAGUUAUAUGGGCCAACCCAAAGGAGCAAAGAAGUUUACGAUUUUAGUUGUCAGCAAACAUCUCAACUGCUUAUGCGAGACAAAUAGAUAGGCCACAUUAGUCUUUUCUUUGCUUUUUCCUUUAGACUGUUGUUCAUUUUACCCCACAAUGUAGAUAGACUUUAUUAUUGUGAAUGAUAUUAUUUUGCUUUGGAGAACAAGCAUGAUUGCAAUAGUUUUAAUCUUUACUUUAGUUCUGUCAUAUUGUGUUUAUGAAAUUUUUGAAAAGAAAGUAGUAGAAGGUCACUGAGAUUUCCCCCCACUAAUCUCUUAUAAAACUGGUUGUACAUAGGAAUUAACCGAUCAACUGGCUAUUUACCACCGAUUUUUACUGCACUGAAAUAUAUUUUAAGGGGGUCUCAUGUUUUAAUGAUGCACUAAACAGGGCUGAAACAUUUCCCAAAUGAUUCAUGUUUUUAAACUUCAUAGAGCCAUAAAACGACUUCUUGGAGGUCCUGCACAACAGCACUGAAUCAUUUUCAAGGGUCUCUCAAGACCUCUGGUUUAAAACUAAUUGAUUGCCAGUUAUUUGGCUGUAUGAAGUGUGCACUGAAACCGCACAUUCAGAAUUAGUACACUUUCUCACGAUUAUGAUGUACUAAAGUUGCUCUAGUAAGAUUUGUUACACUAAACCAUCUUGUUGACUACUACACUGGACACCAGAUGUUUUUUUUGCAUUGAUAAAUUUUAUUACCUAACUACUCACUGUACCAUAUUUUUUUGUGUUUUUGAUUGUUGAUUUUAUGGGAUUUUACAUAGCUACAUGCUAUAUUUACACACUGGCAACUGCAAUGGGUACAAUGAUGUUUGUGAAUUUAUAAUAUUGUAUAAUUACGUUUAAUUAUGUUCUUUAGCUUUUACCUAUAUAUUUUGAUUUAGAUGUACAUCAGUAUUACUUUAAUGCCUUUUCUCCCUGUUUAUAACCAUAAGAAUCUGAUUUUGUGGCUUUUUUUGGCUGUAAUCUUUGGGCCAUGGUCGUUGUCAGUGGGAGAGCUUUAAAUACAUUUGAUUGAGCUUGA